AUGUCCUGGCACGUGUUUCCUCUGGAAAUUAAGCAUCAGAUACUCCAAAAACUGAUAGAAGAUGGCGGCAAGUUGGCCGAUUUCGCUACAGUAUCGCGUGAAUGGCAAGAGAAAAUCGAGCAACAUACAUUUGCACGAAUUAGAUUGACGCCUUCACGUCUCGCCAAGUUUGAUUCAAUGACAUCCCGCAACCGAUCUCUGGUGCGCUACUUGUGGCUAUGUCUUGAACUGGACAAAUACUGUUGCAUUGAUUGCGCACUACCAACGUGGGUGUUCAAUACGAAUGAUGAUGAGGGCGAAGUUAUCAUGACAGCACUGCAGAAACUUUUCUCAGUCCUCAGCACCUGGGGGUCGGAGAGCAACUUAUCACUUGACAUCUCUGUAUACUCGCCUAGCGACUCAGAGCACUGGUUUCCACAUCUUACCUUUGAGCCCGAUAUUCCAUGGAACACGGGAGGUCAUGAUCGAGUAGUUGAGCAAGCAGGCCGGGCCAGAGCUGCUGAUGAUCAACAUGACUUGAACAACGUGAAUGUGGAAGACCAUACGCCAAGGGCCGCCAUUGACAGAGUAUUCGGCGAGAUUAUGAAUCAGGAUGAUGCUUUUCUUCUUCCAUUCACCAAUGACGAGCAAGAAGAUGAAUGGUGGCAGCAAUUGCCAUUGGCCCCAGCGGUGACCAGUGUGUUAUUACGUCAACAGAAUCGCCGGCGUUGGAAGCCUCGGGCGCUUGCUCAAAUGCUCUCUCGGUUGCCAAUGCUUCGACAGCUCUAUUAUGAGCCAUGGAGGGAAUGGGGUAAUGGGAAACAGGAAUCCAGAGACGAAUCCCAUCUCAAAUUUCUCGAGUCCCUUGCCUUGACAGAUCUAAAAAACCUGACAAUCUUCGAAAACUUUAACGAAAAGUAUGCGGAGACCUUCAGCAUCAUGGAUUCUAGGUUCAAGAGCAUUCGGACUCCAAGUACAGCUCUUAGUCGAAUCCUCUCGAAAGUCAGUCUCAAUUUUGAGUCUCUCUCGGGGUCAUUCAUGGUGGACGCUUGCGAAUUCUUCAACGCCCAUGGCCAAUCUUCACAGGAGUGGCCUAAUUUGACGUUGUUGGUUCUCACUUCGCAACUAUUGACGCCUCAACAAAGCCACACAGACAUCAUAGAUAUGCUUCAACGAGCAGGAUGCGCGGCCACUCGUAUGCCAAAGCUCGAGACUAUGGAAAUUUGGAACGGACGAAAGAAACUCGCAGCUCACUUUAAAUACGAGCUGAUGAAAGAAGAUCGAUCUGCUAUUAUCACAUGGAAAGGUACAUGGGGCCUCACCUUGCAGCCUUCAGUCGUCGAGAUCUGGGAAGCCGUCACUACCAGGCGUGGCGGCUUUAGGCUUGAUAUUGUAUACGAAACGCUUGACAGCGAUACUAUUCGGUCUCAUGGCGACGCGAUUAUUGGACUGGAGGUUUCAGAGCGAGUAGUCCGGCCUAUUUCACUGCAGCAGAUACGGAUAGAUUGUGACGCUCCUUGGACGCGAACCCUACCACACCUCUAG